AUGGCCGGCCAUGCCAUGCUCCCAUUGGUGUGGAAGGGGGUGGCCGGGGCAGGGGGCGGCGGGUGGAGGCGGGUGUCGGUUGAGGGAGAUGACAAUACGAUUGAGAUUGAGAUUGUGGUAGAGAUGGAUGUGGAUGAAGUGACGAUUGUGCGAGAAUACGAUCAAGUAGGCACAGCACAGCACAGCACAGCACAGCACAAGAGAGGGGCAAUGGGAAGUGGGACAUGGCAGGUUACCAGUUACCACGACGAGUCCAUCACACGCCCGAGUUGGUCCUGUUAG